AUGGUGUUUUUUAUUUUUAUUUUUACAUAAAAUUAAAUUAUGAUAUGUGUGAACAAAAUUUGAGAUCCUUCACAUGAAUAUUCAAGUCUCCUGUUAUAGAGCAUCAUCUAUCUCCCGUGCUCAAAUAUUGCAUAAGCAUGUUUGUCUACCCCACAAGAAGCAUUUUUUUUCUCUCAUAGAAUGUCUCUUUUUUGGCUUUAUACCUUGACAAACUAAAUAUUACAAAGCAAUAUCCAUGUGCAAUAAGGAUGUGUUUGGGUAUUUUGAAUUUUUUUAAUAAUUAACACAAUGAUUUUAUUUAUGAAGAUAAAGAAAAACAAGUUUGAUACUAUCCCUUAUGACUUGACAAAUAGGUUGUUUAAGCAAAAGUUACUUCAUUUGACUGAAUCCAUAUUCCAACUUCUAGCUCCACACCCCACCUCUACCUCGACACCAUAGUUCAUAAUAUGAAAAAUAUUCUCCGUCAUACCAAACACACCACAACACUUUCUCACUUUUAAAGCAAAAUCUAGCGUCUACCGCGUAAGAGGAAAAAAAAUAGGGAAGCUUUUCUCUUUCCCACACUUGAUGGUUAAAGUGCACUUUGACCUGUGUUUUGUUAUAUGAGUAUAAAGAAAAGUGUGGGGGCUAUGCUGAUCAGGUAAUCAAUAUUUCUUUUUCCGAGUGAACUGUGCUAUUCUCGUGUGACUCUUGGCAUGUUUAUCAAUUAGUCUCCACCAAGUUUACAUGCAUAUAUGACUAUAUAAAUAAAUGUAUUUUUUUCCAAACAUAGCCCAGAAAAAUAACAUCUCAAGGUACUGACCCCCUCUAAGUUCCUACUAACACAAGGUAAGUAAUUGUAUUUCUGUUUCUACUUUGCUCAUAAUUUUCAUAACAUAUGUCUUCAUGGACAUAUAGAGCAGAUAGUUUUCUAUAUUAUGUUUCGGUAUGAGGUAUCCUAAUCUAGUUUUGUCACUUUUGUCAAGAUAUAUUUCAGGGCAAAGAAAGCAAUACAGAAAUGGAAAAAGAGAAUUCAGAGCUGUACCUGCGUAACUGUCAGAUUAUUCGUGAGAAUGAGAGGCUGAGGAAGAAAGCUCAACGUCUGAACCAGGAGAAUCAAGCUUUGUUGUCAGAGCUGAAACGGAAGUUAGCAGCUAAAAAUGCCAAGCGGAAACCUGAAUUUGAAGUUGAUAUGGGUUCAAGUUCUGUCAGUGAUCAAAUAGAAGCAAACAAACGUCAGGCACUGGAAUGAAAGUGAAUGUUGUACCAAAUCACUUCUUCCAGGUGCUUUAUGCAGUUCAAAAUUAUGAGAAAGUUCAAAUUGGGUUUUACCAAUGUCAUAGCAAUUACCAGGCAAUGUGCCAUUUGAAACUAUUUAUUGUUGCAUUUACUCCAAAAUAAUGUACUAGUUUAGUAAUCAAAUCGAAGUGCUUAGCUAAAAGGUCUACUACCAAUUGUACUCCCAAGAGAAAAAAA